CUCGGCGUCUCUGCUGGCCAUCCUCCUUCUCUCUGUUCUUGCGGGUCUUUGAUGCAUUCUCAUCAUACUUCCUGUGGAAAGUGUCAGAAUGGGCGAGGUCUGAACGGUGGGAGAUGUACCAUGCUCCGAGGGGCAGGGCAGCGACCGCAACACAGGUACGCGCUGGCAUGUUAUCCUUAUCGAAGAACUUCGCGCUGGUCUCAGUCUCUAUCCAAGCCGACAUGGAGAGUGGCUGGCGUACCUGUGCAUAGAUUUCGUUCAUGGCUUGGAAGUCGGCCAUGUUUGUCAAGUAGAUGUUUGCCUAAGUCAGACAAUAAACCGACUGCUGCCCCAUUUCUACCUUGACUCGCUUGCAACUCACCUUCACAAUGUGUUCCAAUCCCGAUCCUGCAGCUUUCAGCACGAUCGAGAGAUUCUCCAGCGCGGCACGCUUG